AUGGCCAUUAAGGUGGAUCUUAAAAAGGCUUAUGAUUCAGUCAGUUGGAAUUUUUUGCACCAGAGUAUGAAGCUGUAUGGUUUUACUGAGAGAUGGUAUGAUUUGCUCAUUGUGGUUAAGGCAGACAUUUUUACUGCUAAAUCUAUUGAUAGGGUGUUUCAAAAGUUUCAUGAAGUGUCAGGUCUGGCUAUGAAUAAGGAGAAGAGUGCUGUUAUUUUUUCAAAGUCUGCGAGGAGUAAAAGGAGAUUACUUCAGGUUUUGCAGGUGAAAGUGGAGUCCUUUCUUAUUAAAUAUUUGGGGAUUCCAUUAGUUAACAUAGGCUUAAGAAGUGUUGAUUGUAAGGAGAUUUUUGAUAAAGCUACUGCUAGAUUGGAGCAUUGGAAUAUAAUUAUUCUUUCUCUUGCGGGGAGAAUAGAACUUCUCAGGUCUGUUCUAUAUUCUUUUCUACUAGAUGCUAAUAAGAUGUCACAAUUAAAAUGGAGUCAAGUAACAUUACUAUACGCAGAAGGAGGGUUUAAUCUUUGUAGGAUUAUUGAUGUUGAUUUUGCAGCUAAAGCUGUUAUUUGUUGGGAUUUUGUGAAGAAUUAG